GCUAGCUCGUCAUGGCCAUGUCAAUCCUCGGCGCUCUCAAGCUCGCCCCGUCCCCUCCGGCGACGGCGGCGCAGCCGGCGUGGCUCGGCUCCUCCUCGGUGCGCUUCCACCUCGCCAACGCCGGCGCCGCCGCGCUGGUCGCCGCCUCGCUGCUCGUCGCCGACCCGGCCCUCGCGUUCAGGGUUAGUUGUAUUGCGUUUGUAGUUGUACCGGUCGACCGAGUGUCGUGGCGAGGCGAUUGAGGUGGCGUUAAUGGCGUGCGGGUGGAUGCGGGGAGGCGGGCCGUACGGGCAGCAGGUUACGCGGGGGCAGGACCUCACCGGCAAGGACUUCAGCGGCCAGACGCUCAUCAAGCAGGACUUCAAGACCUCCAUUCUGCGGCAGACCAACUUCAAAGGCGCAAACCUGCUCGGCGCCAGCUUCUUCGAUGCGGACCUCACAGCCUGCUGGCGCUCAAACCAGGUCAUCUUCAUCCAGGACGGCGACAACCUGGACCGGCUGCUGCAGCUGCUCGACCCGUCCGAGGGCAAGCUGAUGGCCAAGGGCCUCAUCCUCUCCGCCGUCAUGUCGCUGGCCGAGAUAGGCGCCGGGAGGAAGAAGAUCGUGUCGUCGGAGCACUUCGGGAGCCUCAAUGAGCUGGCCGACUCCGGCGACUCCGACGCCAAGAAGGUCGUCAAGAAGAUCGCCAACAACAGCAGGCUGCAGUCCAUGUUCAGCAAGAUAUGGAGCGCCUAAGUUAUUUUCCUGACCCUCAGAUGUCUUUACUAAACAGUUAAACACCCCUUUGAUUUAGCGUUAGUGCAUUUGAUUUGCUGUCCAUAGUUUCUGCAUAACUACAUCCAACCGUCAGUGUGAUUCCCUUGUGCUGUACAUUGCAACUUCAGUGAAAUCCAAGUUUUGUCA